UUUCUCAUCUUCAUCUUCUUCAGAUUCAUUCUGAAACAUGUGGAGGCUCACACGUGUGACCUCUCACGUGCACAGGACUAGAACCCGAUACGUCUCAACCAAAUCGGUGCAACAGAUCACCCAACAAGACACGGUACGAGAGAUCACCAACAUCCUUAAUCAGAACAACUGGCAACUCCUCCUUAACACAUCAGACAUGCCCAACAAGUUGAACCAGGAUGUGGUCCGAUCUGUUAUUCUCCAAUCCGGCGCCACCCACGACCCGAUACGCCUCCUCAACUUCUUCCAUUGGUCCGAACGCCAUAUGGAUACCCCGCAAAAUGAGUUAGAUUUAUUGUGUUUUAUUGUUGUUUCGUUGUGCAAUUCAAAACUGUACGGACCUGCUAGUAAUGUUAUUGAAAGAAUAGCAAGUAAUUUUAGUAGUAAUAACAACUCAACCCGUGAUAUUUUGAAUGCUAUUGAUGGGUGUUACAGAGAGUGUAGUGGGUUUGCGUGUAAUGGUGUUGUGUUUAAUAUUUUCGUUGAUAGGUUUAGGAAUGUAGGGUUGUUAAAUGAGGCUGUUGAUGUGUUUAGUUGCGAUAAAAGUACCGAGUUUAGGCCUAGUGUGCUUUGUUGUAAUGUGUUGUUGAGGGAGUUGUUGAAAGGGAACAAAUUGGAGUUAUUUUGGAAGGUUUGUGAGAAAAUGAAUGAAUUGAAGGUGGGUUUUGAUGUGUAUACUUAUACCACAGUGAUCAAUGCACAUUUUAAGGCGAAAAAUGUUGAGGAAGCCAAACGGGUGUUUUUGGAGAUGGGAGAGAAGGGUUGUAGUCCGAAUGUUGUCACUUAUAAUGUCUUCAUUGGUGGGUUGUGUAGAAUGGGGCAAGUUGAUGAAGCGGUUGAGAUGAAAAAUUGUAUGCUUGAGAUGGGGUUGGUUCCUGAUAGUUAUACUUAUACUCAUCUUAUUAAUGGGUUUUGCGUGGAAAAAAGAUUGGGUGAUGCGAAGUUGGUUUUAUCGGAGAUGACCAGGAAGGGUUUGAAGGCUGAUGUGCUUGUUUACAAUGCUUUGGUUGAUGGGUUGGUGAAACAAGGUGAUGUAGAAGAGGCUUUUAAGCUGAAGGAUGAGAUGGUUGCUUCUGGUAAUCAGAUAGACUUGGUCAUAUAUAACAUGCUACUUAAUGGGGUUUCUAAGAGUGGUAACAUGGAUAAGGCUAGAGAAGUGAUGUCUGAGAUAAGUAGAAUGGGUUUUGUACCUAGUUCAAGAACUUAUACUUCGUUAAUAGAAGGGUAUUGCAGAGGACGGGAUAUAGUUAGUGCUCUUGAUUUAUUUGAUGAGAUGAAGAAGAAGAACUUGGCUCCCACUGUGUUUACUUACGCUGUGAUAAUCAAUGGGCUAUGCCAUUGUGGAAACUUUCAACAGGCUAAUUCUGUUUUGGGAAAAAUGAUUAUGAGGGGUUUGAAGCCAAAUUCUGUCAUCUACACAAAUAUUAUUUCAGCUUAUGCCAAGACAAAUAGAAUUGAAGAAGCAAGAAGGUUCUUGGAGUGGAUGAUGAUGGAAGGAAUUUCUCCCGAUGUGUUUUGUUACAAUUCUAUUAUACAUGGUCUCUGCAGAGCCAAAAGGAUGGAAGAAGCAAGGACCUAUUUGGUUGAAAUGUUAGGGAAAGGAUUAAAGCCAAAUACUUAUACAUAUGGAGCUUUUAUCCAUGGCUAUAGUAAAGUAGGGGAGAUGCAGGUAGCGGAUAGGUAUUUCAAUGAGAUGCUAGGUUGUGACCUAGAGCCUAAUGAUGUAAUUUACACAGCCAUUAUUGAUGGGCACUGCAAAGAGGGGAACAUAACGGAAGCAUUCUCAACAUUUAGAUGCAUGCUUGCACGAGGGAUUCUUCCAGAUGUUCAAAUGUAUAGUGUGCUCAUCAAUUGCCUAUCAAUGAAUGGAAAAGCGCCAGAAGCUUUGGUAAUAUUAUCAGAACUUUUAGAGAAGGGGUUGGUUCCUGAUGUUUACACUUUCAAUUCCCUCAUCACUGGUUUUUGCAAACAAGGGGAUAUAGGUAGGGCCUUUCAACUUCAAGAUGCGAUGUGCAUGAAAGGCAUUGACCCAAACAUAGUUACUUAUAAUGUAUUGCUCUGUGGAUUAUGCAAGGCAGGUGAUGUUGAGAAAGGUAAGAACUUGUUUCAUAGCAUCUCAGAAAAAGGUUUGAACCCCAACAGUGUAACGUAUGCUACGAUGAUAGAUGGUUUUUGCAAAACUGGGAAUGUAACUGAGGCAUUCUGGUUAUUGGAUGAGAUGCUGAAAAGGGGUGUCCCACCAGAUAGUUUUGUCUACAUUGCCCUUCUUGAUGGAUGCUGUAAAGUAGAAAACCUAGAGAGAGCAUGGGAACUGUUUCAGGAUAUGUUGGAGAAGGGCUUGGCCUCCACUCUUUCUUUCAACACUUUAAUAGGGGGCUUGUGUAAGGGAAAGAAACUCAAGGAAGCCCACGAAUUGUUGGAAGCAAUGUUGGAAAGGCAAGUAAUGCCUAAUCAUGUCACCUAUACUACUCUUAUUGAUCAGCACUGCAAGGUUCAAAAUAUGGAGAAAGCUAGACAACUCUUCCUGGAGAUGCAGGAAAAGAAUGUGAUGCCAACAACCAUUACUUACACAUCACUGUUAAGUGGUUACAAUAGAAUGGGGCAUGGAUCUGAGGUUUUUGCUCUGUUUGAAGAGAUGGUAGGGAAGGGAAUUGAGCCUGAUAAAAUCACCUAUUAUGUAAUGAUUGAUGCUUACUGUAAAGAAGGUAAUCUGAUGAAAGCCUUGCAGUUGAGGGAUUUGAUUCUGGAGAAGGGUAUGCCAAUAUCUUUGCGGGCAUACAAAGCUCUCAUAACCACCCUGUGUGAAAAGGAGGAAUUUUCUAAAGCUUUUAGGUUACUUGAUGAAAUGGGAGAAAGUGGACAUAGGCUUGAUUUUGCUUCAUGUCGGUCUAUUGCUCGCCAAUUUCAGAGAGAAGGAAAAAUGGACAAAACUGCAGAGGUUUUCAAGCGUAUGUCAUUGUUUGGAUGGGUAUCAAACUCCGUUAAGUUAGCGGACUUAAUUGAUGGAAACACCAGUUAUAGAGAUCUUGAGGAUUUAAACCAUCUUAUUAAGCAAAUGGCUUAGGAAGUUACAAAUCUGGCCAACCCCUCUUUUGCACUAGUUUACUCGUGCUGCAUCUGUGAUCCACAUUUCUUUGGACAAGCAGCGGAAUCAGGGCCAGUCCAGAUAGGGAUUACCAUGCACUGCAUGAUUGUUCCCAGUGCUUGCUUCCCGUCAGAUGCUUACCAUUUUCUUCAUCGAAUUCCUUGUGGAGGUUUUGAUUCAGUGAUUUUGCUUAUGCACCAAGGCACUGGAAGGAGGUGAUUCUUCCUAGUGAUAAUUUGAUUGAGGUUUUGAAUUUAAACAGCUUAUGGCCAUAACGUUACCAUACUGAGAGAGCUCCUUGGAUAAUUUUAUCUUGCAUUAUUUGGUCCAUCCCUUGAGUUUCAUGCCUGUCAUGGAACUUGGAAUAAGUUUUGAAGAGGGUUUUGACACUUGAGGGUUCGUUUUCUUGCAACCCUGACAGCUGACAUGUUACUCUUUACAAACUCCUGGAAGAUGAUAAUUGCAUUGGUAUAGCAAUUCAUUUUGUUGAAUUUUGUUAAAUAAGGCAAGCAGAGAUGAUAAAUUCGUCAUCAAUAUAUAUCUUCCUUUAUCUAUUGGGGAAUUUUGUUAAUUGUGGUAAGGUGAAUUUUGGUAUCGAUAAUAUUGUGGCCUGUGUAGAUCUAUGAGGUGAAGCAGAAAUAAGCAUUUCCUUGACUAGAUUGUAAUAGUGGGGCUAAUCAAGUAGACCAUUCUAUGUUUCUCUGUAUUAAAACAGAAUGUUUUUCAAUUGUACAAUGUGUACAGCUAUCAAUAUCCCAUCAGGGAGCCAUUGCUUUCUUUUACUUGUUGCAAAAUAAGAAUGUGAAGAACAGAGCCUUCAUGCAAUUUUUUUCUUUAGCAUGAAGCUUAUAUUGUUAAAGGACCAAAAAAAA